UUGUGUUGUCAAUAUUAUUGAUUGCAUUACUCUAUUUUAUUUUAAAAUAUAAAUUAAAUUAGUACAUUUGGGAUAAAAUGUAUAUAGGUACAUUAAGAUAAGAAUCGACAUGCUUCAUUAGGUUAUAAUUAAACCGAUGUUGUUUUUACUUUUUCCCUUGCGAGGUUAUUUUUUAUUUUCAUUUAUUUUAAACAAAGUAUAAUUAAUAAAAGAAUGCGAACAUAUUCACGGAAACCUCCGGACCAUCAACUCAUCGACGGUGUGCUGGAGUUGUGUCGUCUCUGCCUUCGAAAACCCAUUAAUCCUAUGACGAUUUUCGAUAAUGACGACAGAAAGUUUUGUGGAUCCCUGCCUAUGAGGAUAAUGAUAUGUCUUGGUUUGGAGAUUACCAAUGAAGAGUGUUUACCUAACAUGAUAUGUUCACAGUGCUGCAGGGACUUAGAUAAUUAUUAUGAUUUCAAAAAGAAAUGUAUGCUAUCCUAUAGAAAACUCAAAUCACACCUUAUAGCUGUAAAAGAACUAGAGGUUAAAAAAGCAGCCGAAUUAAAGUUAAAAUUGGAAAAUUAUUGUAAUUUCAAAUCUGAUUUACCAGAAAUUGAUGGGGAGGAGGGGGUGAACGAUCUUAGUGAUGAGGACAAUGAGAUUAUAUUGUCGUUGACUGACGAAGAUGCCUUGGAAGUUAUUAACAUAUUCAAUGAGACGACGGCUUGUGCUGGAGACCAGCCUGAGGAUGAGCAGGUACAGGAGCCAAGCGUCACAACUUCCUACAACAUAAAUGAUAGCCUAGACUUUCUAAAUUCAGUCAGUUCUGAAUCCAUUCCGCCUAUACCUGAAGAUGUUACCAGUUUCCUCUCGACAAUCCUCGUUCAACUGGGAGUGCUGAUAAAGGAUAGUACAAAUGAAAAAAUUGUUGUCAUUGACCGUACAUUCAAGAAUGUGAGAUUGGAAACUAGCGAUGGUCCUGUUAUCCUGGAGCUCGUUGAGGAGGAUGAGGAACCAAAAAAAGAACCUAAAAAAGAAGAACCGGAGGAACCAGAACCGGAAAGGGAAAUUGAUAAAAACAGCACAGUUGAAUUUGUUUAUAAUGCCACCAAUGGGAUACUGAGUGGCAAGGCUAUGUGCGUAACAUGCGGCAAGCACUUCGCGACGCGCGCGGCGAUGGUCCGCCACGAGCGGACGCACUCGGGCGUACGGCCUUACGCCUGCGACGUGUGUCAGCGUGCCUUCACACAGAAGGAGGUGUUACGCCGCCACCAGCUCACACACCAAGCGGAGCGGCCGUUCAAGUGCGCGCGCUGCCCCAAGGGCUUCACGCAGCGCGCGGCGCUCCGCUCGCACGAGCUGACGCAGCACACGCCGCACCUGCGCCCGCUGGCCCUGCACCGCUGCAAGCAGUGCCCCAAGGUGUUCCUGCACCCGUCUGGUUUAAGCCGGCACAUGGUAGCUCACACGGACCGCUACUACGCAUGCAACAUGUGUGCACGCGCCUUUAAAGACAAGAGUUCGCUCUUACGGCACCUCAAGACGAUCAAACACACCACCUAGCCUCUACUUCACAGCGAUCUGCUGUUUACAUACGGGAUAAUAGAACGUUCUAGAUAAUAAUAGACAAAGAGGGAAAAUUGCUUAGUCACAAUGGUGCUGGAUAUGAACUUUUAGCUUUCCAUAAAAUUUUGGCGAGAAAAAUGACAGCUCAGAGACGAUGAUGGAAUUAUAUCAAUAGAAUUUUUAAAUGAAAUAAUUAUGUAAUAUAUAUUGUAUUAGUGAUAUUAAAUUUAUUUUGUAUCAACACAUUUUUAGAAUAGAAUGUUCUCGAUGUUAUGCUAAUUAAAAUAAUGAUGUCUGUGAAUUGUACAAAGAUAAUAAAGGAAUUCCAAUGUAGUGGAUAUUUGAUCUCUUGACUGUGUAUUUUUCAUAUGUAUUUAUGCAGUAGCCAUUUCGUGAUAAAUGUUCAGUGAAUGUAAAGUAGGUUAAAGUAGAUAUUGAUAUUUGUAAUUUGCCAAAAUAUAUUCCACUUUUGUUGAUAUGGUGUCGAAUUCAGUAUUGAAUAAAAUAUGAAACUAA